AUUACACGUUACGAGCUGUCAUUCGUUCGUGCACGUCACACGCGAGAUUAGAAGAUGAGCAUUACACGUGUCGCAUGUCGGGGUGCCAAGAGUUUCGGACGUAUUAAUUGUACAAAAAUCUAACUGAAAGCUAUUGCGAUCCGCGUUCGACGCACAAGAUGAGAACUUUGCUGCUUCUUGGUCUAAUUUUCACAGCUGCCGGAGCGCAGUCCAAAGAUGUCGAUCUGAAGCACUUGAGAUGUUUAGUUUGUAGGGCGACUAUGGACGAAUUGGAGAUGGAGGUGCUCAAAGCUAAUCCGAACAGAUUAGUCGACGUAGGUAAUUAUAGGAUGGAUGCCGAGGGAAAUACUAUACGUAGGAAGGUUCCGUUAGGUCGAUCGGAAACACAUAUUUCGAUUUUGUUGGACAAUAUUUGCGAGAAGCUGACGGAUUACGUGAGAGCGACGAGGAAGUCCGACAAUAAGUUAGUAAUCUUCAACCUGAUGUCUCCAUCCGGUGGUAUGAAUCCUAUGAUGAGCGAGGUAGACAUAAUUCAGGACGGUGAUUUAAACAAGAGCGUCAAGCAUUACUGCACCUUUAUAGUGGACGAAUUUGAGGAAGAUAUAGUGUCAUUGUAUGUUGACGGUAUAAAAAAUAAGAAGAAGGAACUUUGUACGAACAUGUCGAAUCUUUGCAAUAAGAAUUACGUUGACGAGGAUGACGACGAUGAUAACGAUAUUGAUAGUCAUGUUGAUGCAAGUUUUGAUGAGGAUAGGGAUGAAUUGUAAAUGCAUUUGGAGCAUUUUUACUGAAUGCAUUUCUACAAGAAAUAUUUGUACUAUGCGCAAGCGAAAAGAAGCGGCUAAAAAUUAAGUGAUAAUUUUUAUUUUGUAAAAAAAAUUCUACGAACAAUUAUAAAUAAUAAUUUCACGUUUUGUUAAAUCGUAUAUAUGUAUUGUACGAUGCACUUAAUUAUCCAAUAUUUUACACUUGUCUCAAA